AAGGAAAGGAAAGGAAAAAAGAACAACCACAUCCAGCCUUGUCUGUGGCACCUGCGAUUGUUUGGCAAUGUCCUUUUUAGAAAGGACCUGCAGCCGGAGCGAGCGGGGAGAAGGAUGCGCUUAAAGCUGGAUGUGCGCAGCUUUCUGGGAGAUUCAGCACCGAUCACGGCUCGAGCACAAACAGCGAGUGCGGCGGGCCUGGGAAGCACCCAGCCCCACGAUCUCCUCCUUUUCCUCCCCCCCUGCAGGACCAUGCUUGCGUGAGGGAUGAGGCUGUGCACAGGGACACCAGGCCAGAGCUGCGGCCUACUUUUCACCAGAUCCGGCCACUCGACUGCAAGAUCUGUGAACGCACUAACGCCAUCAAAUCAGCAUCUUUGGUCAUCAAGUAGAUCUAGGAGCAUGAACAGAACUUUGAGCUGCGGGAGCAGAUGUCUGGGUAUAAGCGCAUGCGGCGGCAGCACCAGAAGCAGCUGAUCGCCCUGGAGAACAGGCUAAAGGCCGAGAUGGAUGAGCACAGGCUCCGGCUGCAGAAGGAACUAGAGACACAUGCAAAUAACACUUACAUUGAGCUGGAACGGCUGGCCAAACGCCACGUUGCUCGGACAGAUAAAGAGAUGAAGUCAGUGGGAGCAGAAGAGAGGAGGAUCCAGCAGCAGAUUAUUGCUCAGCAGAAGAAAGAGCUGACAUCUUUCUUAGACAGUCAGAAGAAGGAGUACAGGCUUUGUAAGGAGAAGAUCAAAGAAGAGAUGGAUGAAGACCUUUGCACACCUAAAGAGGAGAAGCAGGAGCAUCUAUCCAGGCACAAAGAGACAAUCCAGCGCUCUCAAGCAGAGGAGGAAGCCCAUCUUCUGGCCCAGCAGCGCCUCAUCUAUGAACGCAGCUGUCGGGCCCUCAAACGCCGGUCUCUGCUGAAGAGGCACGACAUCGAACAGGAACAACUGAGAGAGGAGCUGAAUAAAAAAAGAACCCAGAAGGAAAUGGAACAUGCUCUGAUGAUCCGGCAAGAUGAGUCCACCCAAGACCUGGAGCGCAGGCAACUGCAGAUGUUGCAGAAGUUGCGUGUUGAACUUAUGCGACUACAGCACCAGACAGAACUUCAAAACCAGGAGGAGUACAACAGCCGACGGCAGCAGGAGCUGCACAAGAAACACACGCUGGAGCAGCGGCAGCAGCCCAGAAACAUCAAGAUGACGGAGAUGCAGAUUAAGAAGCAGUUCCAGGAUACCUGCAAGGUGCAGAACAAGCAGUACAAAGCUCUUAGAAACCAUCAGCUGGAGGUCUCUCCCAAAGGUGACCACAAAACCAUCCUGAAGAGCCUAAAAGAGGAGCAGACACGCAAGCUGGCGGUGUUGGCUGAACAGUAUGAGCAGAGCAUCAAGGAGAUGAUGGCUUCACAAGCGAUGCGCUUAGAAGCACAGCAGGAAACAGAGUGUGAAGCUCUAAAGCAGCAGCUGAAGCAAGAGAUGGAACUCUUGGAUGCGUACCAGAGAAAGACCAAGUCACAGAUGGAGGCCCAACAUGAGCGAGAGCAGCAGAAACUUGAGCAGAAGGUCUCCAUACGAAGAGCUCACCUUGAACAGAAGAUUGAAGAGGAACUGGCCUCACUUCAAAAGGAACGCACUGAAAGAAUAAAGCACGUGCUGGAACGCCAGGACAGAGAACUGAAUAGUUUUGACAUAGAAAGUAGAAGCCUUGGCUUUGGAAGCUUGGGAUCUCUGGACUUCCCCAAAGAAGACAACAGAUGAAAGUGGAUUUAUCUUUAGUGGACAACCUAUCCAAUGCCCUCUCACAUCCACUUGACCGUUGUCACACCCACGGUGACUCAGCUGGAUAACUAUUGCUUUCUUCACUCAGAUCUCACAACUUUCAAUCAAGGUGUUACUUGCAAUGAGAACUCCUUUUGUGAAAGCUGAAAUGGGGAAAUAAAACAAAUAUACUACAAUAUAUCAAUAAAAUCAAGUCAGUGUAACUCCAAACGUGUGCUAAAUAGACUCCUCCAUGCCAUGGCCUCUCCAUUUUGGUAUGAAAUGAAUAAAUCAGGAAAUUUUAGUAAAAUGGGCACUUUGAUAUGUUUAAAUAGAAACCCAUCAUGUUCGUAUGACACUAAAUGUGUGAGGUACAUGGAGGGAUAUUGUGGAAAGUGAGCUGCGGAUUCCCCCCGUGGUGUUAAGCUGCUUUGUCUUUUUUUUUAUUUUGUUUUAUGCUCAGAAUGUGAAUAUUAUUGUACGGGGUCACCAAAAAAAAAAAAAAAGAAAAGAAAAAAAAAGUCAGAUUAUUAUUAUUUUUUUUCUUUCAUACAUCCAUAUUGUGCUUAUGCAUACAGUAUAUACUGUGGUCCCUCACUUACUAGGAAUCAGUUACAUUUAUUUCAUAUGUUGGAUCAAUUGGCAUCAAUCCACUUCUCACAACUCCAGCUCCCACUUGGUAAAACUGCUUAUUAUUGCAUGCACUUUAAGGACAAAUUCAGGUUGUGAAGUGAAGCAUGAAUCUGUCUUUUUUUUUUUUUAGCUGUUUGUAAAUAAAAGUGGUCAUAGCUU